AUGGCGCCGCCGCUCACCGCGUGGCAGCUCGCGGGCAAGGCCUACUUCUACGUCGCGACGUGGAUGUCCAUCUCCAUGGCGGUCAUCCUCUUCAACAAGUACAUCCUCGCGUUCACGCGGUUCAAGUACCCCAUCGCGCUGACGCUCUGGCACAUGUGCUUCUGCACCUCGAUCGCGACGUUCAUGGUGCGCGUCGCGGGGACGACGAAGCGACUCCACAUGCCUCGGCACGAGUACGUGAACAGGGUGGUGCCGAUAGGCGCGCUGUACGCCGCGUCUCUGUGGCUGAGCAACAGCGCCUACCUGCACCUCUCCGUCUCCUUCAUUCAGGCGCGUUCUAUCUCACACUGGUUCCCAUACGACCGCAUGACCAAGGCGCUCAUGCCAGGCCUCGUGUACGUGUGCGGCGUGUUCUUAGGGAUGGAGAAGCUGACGCGGUCGACGUCCGCGAACAUGGUCGUCAUCGCCGUGGGCGUCGCCAUCGCGGCGUACGGCGAGAUCGACUUCGUCGCCGUCGGCGUCGCGCAGCAGCUCUCCGCGCUCGUUUUCGAAGCGCUGCGGUUGAUGCUCGUGCAGGUGCUCAUCACGCGUCGCGGGUACGCGAUGAAUCCGAUACAGAGCCUGUACUACGUCGCGCCCGCGUGCGCGGCGUGCCUCGCGCUGCCGUUCGCCACGGUCGAGCUCCCGGAGAUCUUGAACGACAUCGAGCUCGUGAUCGACUACCCUCUGCUGCUUUUAAACGGCGUCACCGCGUUCGCGUUGAACCUGGCGGUGUUUUUGUUGAUCGGAAAGACGUCCGCGUUGACGAUGAACAUCGCGGGCGUGAUCAAAGAUUGGAUGCUCAUCUUCGCGUCGCAGCACUUGUUCGGGAACAGCUGUACUUUUUUGAACUACUUCGGGUACGUCGUCGCGUUCCUCGCCGUCGGGAUGUACAACGUGAACAAGCUGAAGGCGGCGAAGGCGAAGGAGCGGGCGGAGCGAGUCGGCGCGAAAGGCGGCGGCGGUACGGCUGGCGGGGGCGGAGGCGGAGGUGGGAUCGCGGGCGCCGCCGCCGCGUCGUCGUCCUCGGGCGGGAACUCGCCGCGUCAUGACGAGCGGGUGUGA